AUGCCGUAUUUUUUUCAGUUUCAUUUCAUGGAACGAAUAGUGGAUGAUCCCUUCUCGGUAUGCAAAGGUCGUUCUGGUGUCGGUUCUCCAAUGGCUAAUUUAAAGAUUCGAACUGGUGCUUUGACCUCCCCCGCCUCUUCCUCAGACUCCUCUAUCAGCCAAACUGCCAUUACCACUGUUUCCAUCCCGGAAUCCUGCAACGCUCUUGUUACAACGAAUGCCAGCGACAAUAGAUCUCCGCAUGGCUCAAAGGAGAAGUUGGCAGGUGGAAAUGGCCAAAUGGAGAGAGCCUGGGGACAUUUUCUGCUCAGCCUCCUCUCAAGCGACCUGACGCGACAGGGACAAAAUUAAUGAACCUUUUCAAAUCCAAAAAGAAACACCAGCCAUCUGGAAUGGCAAGACUUCUCUAUUUACAAAACCUCGAGGGUUCAGAAUUCGAUGCAAUUUCGACGGAAGGCUAUCAAAGGAUAG